AUGGCAGAGAGAGCGUUGGAAUGCAGCUCUAGGUUGACCUGCCCAGAGACCUGAAAGCCUGCGAGCCGAGAUACAGAGACUUGAAGGCUAAGCAGAUCCCUGUUGCUACCGCGGACGAUGGCAAAGUAACGAUCAAGGUGAUCAGUGGGAGGAGCCACGGCGUUGAUAGCGUUCAGGAGCUUGCUUACACGCCAGUGUGGCUUCUGGAUGUAACUAUUCAGCCGGGUGGCCGUCUGGUCCAGCCUCUGCCAGCGGGAUGGAACAGCUUUGCAUACACUUUGCAAGGCAAGGUUGUCUGGAACACUGGGGCUACCAGCCAGGAGGUCCCGCAGUAUCACAACACAGUAUUCGAGCAAAAGGGCGACCAGGUCAUUGCGGAAGUCUCUCCAGAUCAGAAGAACCCUUCUCGUUGCAUCCUUGUUGCGGGUCUGCCCCUUGAUCAACCGAUCGUUCAGUAUGGCAAGUAA